AUGAAGUCUAACGUCAAACUGACAUUGAGUAAGAACAAACGCCUAAACCACAAUGCACCGAUGUACGAAGUUAAGUCUGUUAAUGGUAAACAUUUGCUGAAGGAGCUGAAUACCUCCCCAUUGCAGGAGACGAAAUUCUACCAGGACAGAGAGAAAGCUGGGUCGUUCAUGGUGUCGUGUCAACGUCGCAGCAACGGCGCAUGCGUGCGACGCGUUAUAAGACCUGCCGAGGACACGCUUAGCACGAGAAUCCUCGAAGGCACGCGCCUCUCUCCUCACAUCAUUGCACGUGUCAGUGAUGUGAUGCGCGGUCAGAGAGGGCAAGGUCAUGGCGGUGAGGAAAGAAUACUCCCUGACCAAGAUGCUUGGGAAAGCAAAGAAAGAGGCAAUGACGAUGGGAAGAGAAUACUCCCUGACCAAGAUGCUUGGGAAAGCAAAGAAAGAGGCAAUGACGAUGGGAAGAGAAUACUCCCUGACCAAGCUGCUUGGGAAAGCAAAGAAAGAGGCAAUGACGAUGGGAAGAGAAAGGCUGAUAGUGAGGACGACCAAGAUUUAAAGAUGGAUAUAGCGAAUUUAAGAAGCACCCUGGAGAAUUUACGUUCUAAGGCACCACUAGAGAAAAUGAGACAAAAACGGCAGAGCAACGUCUACGCAGUCGAGGUAGUGGUGGCUAUUGACCCACCUUUGUGGAAGAAAUUUUACACGGACACAGCGGCUACUGGCAAUAUGUCCAGAGAUGAUGCGACAGAGUACAAACUCCGGGAACAUUUCUCGCAGAUAAUUAAUGGCGUUAGCUCGCGAUAUGAAAGUAUUGAUCAUAACGAACUGGACAUAUACGUUACGGUUACUGCCUUCCUGCUGUACAAGACUAUCGACUCCACCAAUCCGCUACAACCGUCGACGGCGAUUAAAACGUUUGUCGGCUACGAAUAUGAAUAUGUUGACAGCAGCGUCUACGUUUCUUCUCUACCGUCGUGGCUGAGUAACCUGUCGGGUCUUCCGGACAAUGAUCACGUCAUGGUUUUCACAUGGUAUGACCUCUACGCCAAUGGGGAUGUCUCUAGAACUGGUGUGAUUGGCAUCACCUAUUCAAGUAGCGCGUGCUAUAACAAUCGGGUGUCAGUCAAUGAAGUAAUUGUCAGCCUCUUUACCACCAUAUCAGUGGCCGCGCAUGAACUGGGACACAACCUCGGCGCUGGUCACGAUGGCAACACUGAUUACACAGUGACUGCCGCAUGCCCAGCUUCCUUCAAGUUCAUUAUGACACCCGGGGUGAACCAGAUCUACCCUGGAGAGCCCUUUACACAGAAUCCAUGGCGCUUCUCGCCAUGCUCUGUCAAGCAGUUUAAAGAUUUUAUCCAGAGCCUUGAUAAGCACGGAAAGAACUGCUUGCUGGACAAAGGUGAUUACUACAAUGGCGACGAGUUCAAAACCUUCGUCUCGCGGCUGCCAGGGGAACAACACACCGCGGACGAACAGUGCAAGAAGAUUUGGGGCAACGAAUCCGGACUUGGGUGUGGAUGUACGGCCACUGACCCGUCAAUAUGUCAGUACAUGCAUUGCAAAACGUCCUGGCCAGGGUGGUGCAGCGCCAAGACCGCGGACCAAGGCACCCCGUGUGAUGACCCAGCAUCGAAUAAGCACCAUACGACCAACCACCAUCACCACACGACCAACCACCAUAACCACACGGUCAACCACCACCACUACAAGACCAACCACCACCACCACACGACCAACAACCACCACCAUACGACCAACCACCUCCACACAUCCAACCACAACCACAACACGACCAAUAUCACAUCACAACCAACCACAACCACACGACCAACCACCACCCCUACACGACCAACCACCAUCACACGACCAAACACCACCACAUGA